UCGGUUUGGUGUCGAUGGCCGGUCUUGAGUAUCGCCAGAUGAAUACGUACCUACGUUUAGAUACCGCCAACCGCCGUUCCGUGUAGGUACGGUAGAGGUUCGUACGGCUCGGCUCCGGCACCAGUCACAUAUGAUGCAUCACCGGUCUCUCCGUCCGUCCGUCCGUCCGUCCGGGUCGGCUAUUACUUACCAUGGCAGUUUCCUGCCGAAACCUUCCAUGAGCCGUGAGUCAACCAGUGAGACUGCCCUCAAGAGAUUAUUUAUCGCAUUACUCAAUUCACGAGCUUAUGAUUGUCAAAGUUACGAAACAUUCAAUGCUUGAACGAAACCCCCCUUGCUGGCGAAGAGUGGCCCUCGCCAAUGCCACGUCGACUGCACAUCGCGUUCCAUCGCUUCCCUUGUUAAGCUGCUAGACCUGCGCAAGCUUCGUACACUAACAACUUGACGCACGCAGGACAGGUAGUAAUCAACUGCAGGGACAUGGAGCAUGCAUCCGGAUUUCCCUCCGCUUUUGGGAUUUGUCACUUUGGCUACCAUGGAUUUCCUCUUUGUCCCAUUCACAUGCAGGGCUUACUGCUGAUUUUUCUGUUUACAUUACAAGAGUGAGUCGGUCAAGCUUGCAGGUUUGUAUGAGAGAUACAAACAUGCUAGUAGGUAGGAACCGCCUGAAGAACACCAGGGGGGGUUUGUUUACAAAACCUCCUCCCCAAAUCCCCCCUCCCCCACCCAAGCUUCACUGGGGACGAUCAGAUUGUGAUGAUCCUUUGAGUACCUCACUGUUACUGGGUCACCAAAUUUGUGCUGGAGACAGAGAACAUGACUGUAAGUGGAAAUAUCAUGAAACUGUGCGGUACCUAGGUAUCUUUCCAGUUCGUUUUAGCAUUUUAUUCCCCUUCUUACGACGUUGUUUUCUGCAUCCUGGAGGUGAAAUCAACAGCUAUUACUAUAUUACUGAUCCGAACCGUCAUAUCCACUUGAGUUCGGAACCGACGAUAAAGUUGAUGGAGUUUCUAUCAACCUCCUUUAUGCGAUGGACCUUAACAUCAGCUCGUCCCAAUGUUACCUACAAAAUCUCAGAAAUUUCGAAAGAUACCUAUGGACAGCAUGACCAAUUUGAACUGAUGCUGGCCAUUCCCAUCUCACGCCUCACAACUACCUACCUCCGUCCCUCGGACUUUCCAGUAACCUCCACACACAUCGGUCCGGCGUGGUGUAGUUAAUUGCUUGUUACUUCCAUCGGUAGGGCUGUUGAGUCACGGGUAGGUAGGUAUAGACGCCGUGACCCCAACUCAAACUAGAUCAGAUCAAAUCACACCUUUAUAACCCCGUCAAUAGAAGUAGAUCGGAAUCCUAUUCCGAUUAUAUGUACCUCUAAGCACUU